AUGUCCCAAAACAAAACCAGCCCCGCGGACUCCGGGAGUCAAGGCAGAAGCAGAAGUGCAAGCACGGUUGGCCUCGAAGACAAAGCGAAUUUCAUCACUGAGAUCGAAAAGAGGAAGUCGACCGCCAAGUCUGGCGAUCUUUCCGACUACGAGGCCAUCUUGAAAUACUACAAGCAGGCCGAUGCCAGUAUUCCUCACGGAAACAACUUUGUCUGGUCAAUCAACGGUCGUGUCGGCUUUGGCCCUGUAGAUGAGUAUUAUUACGAGGUGGCUUUGAAGGAGAAGAAAUGGGGCGUGCGGGAUUCGAAGAAUUUUGAUAAAGCCCCCGAGAUCACAGAAUUUGCUCAGAUUGCCGUUCUCCAGCAACGUGUAGCCCGGGCGCCCUAUCACGAGGUCGUCAACGACACCUGCUGCACCAUCCAGACGAUAUGGCAGGCAGACUGGAAUCACAUCAACCAGGGCGCGAACCAGGUGCCCAGCGUCUCGCACUCCAUGGACGCGGCCGCCAAUGUCAACCAGAUCCAGGAGAUCAUCGCCGAGAUCCGUGUCCUCGCUCCGACGGGCAACGCCACCAACCCCUUCAAGCUGAUUUCAGACUGGACGCCCGAGCGCUUCUGCAUCAAGGCGCCAGCCGGGAACCUGCCUCUACUGUCCGGAAACGGCAUCCGACGCCAUAUUUUCUUCGCAACAGCCCUUUACACCCACAGCACGAGUCUCUACAUGGCCCAGAAGAAGAACGGUAUUAAUUAUUAA